AUGGCCAAGACUCCAGCGAAAUCCCCGAAGAAGGUGAAGAAAGUGAAGAAGGUGAAAGACCCGAACGCGCCGAAAAGAAACUUGUCCGCGUACUUUUUCUUCAUGAACGACCAAAGAGCGAAGGUUGUCAAAGCGAACCCGGACAUGAAGGUGACCGAAGUCGGCAAGAAGCUCGGCGAAUUGUGGAGAGCCAUGUCUGAUUCCGAAAAGGUGCCGUACAACAAGAAGGCGGACGCCGAUAAGGUCAGAUACGAGAAAGCGAAGGCUGCGUACAAGCCGAAGUAA